AUGGUCAAAUCAUCAGUUUUAGGUUUCCCACGUAUUGGUGGUCAAAGAGAAUUAAAAAAAAUUACUGAAUCUUAUUGGGGUGGUAAAACUUCAAAAGAAGAAUUAUUGAAAGUUGGUAAAGAAUUAAGAGAACAUAAUUGGAAAUUACAAAAAGAAGCAGGUGUUGAUAUUAUUGCUUCAAAUGAUUUUUCAUAUUAUGAUCAAGUUUUAGAUUUAUCUUUAUUAUUUAAUGCAAUUCCUGAAAGAUAUACUAAGUAUAAUUUAGAACCAAUUGAUGUUUUAUUUGCCAUGGGUAGAGGUUUACAAAGAAAAGCUACUGAUUCACACCCAGCAAUUGAUGUUACUGCUUUAGAAAUGGUUAAAUGGUUUGAUUCAAAUUAUCAUUAUGUUAGACCAACUUUUUCUCAUUCAACUGAAUUUAAAUUAAAUACUCCAAUUAAACCUGUUGAUGAAUAUAAUGAAGCUAAAGCCUUAGGUAUUGAAACUAGACCAGUUUUGUUAGGUCCAAUUUCUUAUUUAUAUUUAGGUAAAGCUGACAAAGAUUCAUUAGAUUUAGAACCAAUUAGUUUAUUACCAAAAAUUUUACCAAUUUAUAAAGAAUUAUUAGCCAAAUUAAGAGAAGCUGGUGCAACUCAAGUUCAAAUCGAUGAACCUGUCUUGGUUUUAGAUUUACCAGAAAAUGUUCAAUCUAAAUUUCAACAAGCUUAUGAAGAAUUGGGUGAAGAUUUAAUUUUAACAACUUAUUUUGGUGAUGUUAGACCAAAUUUAAAAGCUAUUGAAAAUUUACCAGUUGCUGGUUUCCAUUUUGAUUUAGUUAGAGUUCCAGAACAAUUGGAUGCUGUUGCUAAAUUAGGUAAACCAUUGUCAGUUGGUGUUGUUGAUGGUAGAAACAUUUGGAAAACAGAUUUUGCUAAAGCUGCAAAAAUUGUUGAAUCAGCAAUUGAAAAAGUUGGUGAAGGUAAUGUUGUUGUUGCUACUUCAUCAUCAUUAUUACAUACACCAGUUGAUUUAGAUUCUGAAGAAAAAUUAGAUCCUGUUAUCAAAGAUUGGUUUUCAUUUGCUAAACAAAAAUUAGAUGAAGUUGUUACAAUUGCAAAACGUGUUUCAGGUGAAGAUGUUGGUGACAAAUUUGAAGCCAAUGCUAAAUCAAUUAAAGCUAGAAAUGAAUCAUCAAUUACAACUAAUCCAAAAGUUCAAGAAAGAUUAACUACAAUUAAUGAAUCAUUAGCUACAAGAAAAUCAGCUUUCCCAGAAAGAUUAGCUGAACAAAAAGCCAAAUAUAAUUUACCAUUAUUCCCAACAACUACAAUUGGUUCAUUCCCACAAACUAAAGAUAUUAGAAUUAAUAGAAAUAAAUUUGCAAAAGGUCAAAUUUCAGCAGAAGAAUAUGAACAAUUUAUUAACAAAGAAAUUGAAACUGUUGUUAGAUUUCAAGAAGAAAUUGGGUUAGAUGUUUUAGUUCAUGGUGAACCAGAAAGAAAUGAUAUGGUUCAAUAUUUUGGUGAACAAUUGGAUGGUUUUGCUUUUACUACAAAUGGUUGGGUUCAAUCAUAUGGUUCAAGAUAUGUUAGACCACCAAUUAUUGUUGGUGAUGUUUCAAGACCAAAAGCUAUGACUGUUAAAGAAUCAGUUUAUGCACAAUCUUUAACUAAAUCACCAAUGAAAGGUAUGUUAACUGGUCCAGUUACUAUUUUAAGAUGGUCAUUCCCAAGAGAUGAUGUUUCAGGUAAAAUUCAAGCUUUACAAUUGGGAUUAGCUUUAAGAGAUGAAGUUAAUGAUUUAGAAAAAGCUGGUAUAACUGUUAUUCAAGUCGAUGAACCAGCUAUUAGAGAAGGUUUGCCAUUAAGAGCAGGUAAAGAAAGAAGUGAUUAUUUAAAUUGGGCUGCUCAAUCAUUUAGAGUUGCAACUUCAGGUGUUGAAAAUUCAACACAAAUUCAUUCACAUUUCUGUUAUUCAGAUUUAGAUCCAAAUCAUAUUAAAGCUUUAGAUGCAGAUGUUGUUAGUAUUGAAUUUUCAAAGAAGGAUGAUCCAAAUUAUAUUAGAGAAUUUAGUGAAUAUCCAAAUCAUAUUGGUUUAGGAUUAUUUGAUAUUCAUUCACCAAGAAUUCCAUCAAAACAAGAAUUUGUUGAUAGAAUUCAAGAAAUUUUGAAAGUUUAUCCAGCUGAUAAAUUCUGGGUUAAUCCAGAUUGUGGUUUAAAAACUAGAGGCUGGCCUGAAGUGAAAGAAUCUUUGACAAAUAUGGUUAACGCUGCCAAAGAUUUUAGAGGAAAAUAUUAA